CUCCUAUUGGCAUAUGCUUAUCUUGCUAUUGACUGGAAAGCUCUACUUAGCUUUUAUUAGAACAACGCACACCUCAGACUGCUGAGGCUGCUCUUACAAGAGAAGAGUGGCUGAGAAAAGGAAAGAUGUCUCUCACUGAUUUUUGGAUAGUGUUGCUGCUUUGUUUUACACUUAGUCAGGCGGCUCCUACUGUCGCUCCAACAGUUUCACCCGAGGAUGAAGACGUGGCACAGGGAUAUCUUUCUCGGUUCUAUGGUGAUAUUGGGACGACAAACUUAACUCUGAGAAGCCUCGUCAAUGACACCUUCAUACAUGACCUUGAAACCAUGCAGGCUUUCUUUGGCUUGGAGGUGACUGGCGUCUUGAAUAAAGAGACCGUGGAGGUGAUGAAAGCACCGAGGUGCGGCGUGUCAGACAUCAGCCAAUAUGGACACUUCCACGGUAAACCCAGAUGGCAGAAAAGGCUGAUCACAUACAGGAUCACCACGUACACUCCAGAUAUGGCCCAGAGUCAGGUGGAUGCAACCAUCACCAAAGCCUUCCAACUUUACAGCAAUGUCAUCCCACUGGACUUCAAACAGAUCCACAGUGGCAUCGCGGACAUCAUGAUCCUCUUCAAGGGUGGAUAUCAUGGGGACUUUUACCCUUUUGAUGGGGCAGGUGGAGUCUUGGCUCAUGCUAACUCUCCUGGACAAGGCCAGGGUGGAGACACACACUUUGACGAUGAUGAAAACUGGUCUCUUAACCAUAGAGACGUGAAUCUGCUGUUGGUGGCAGCCCACGAGUUUGGCCACGCUCUGGGCCUGGAUCACUCCAGGGACAGGCGUGCACUAAUGUUUCCCACCUAUCAGUACGUCAACACCGAUGGGUACAGACUUCCUGAUGAUGACAGACGUGGGGUUCAAGCCCUCUAUGGAAGUCGAACAUCAGUCCCCACAGGACGACCAACACCAACUCGUCGUCCAGAACCUGAACCAGAGCCAGAGGAGCCAAUAGAAAUACCAGACCCUCUGCCCGAUCCCCGAGCUGAGCAGUGCAGCCGUGGGCUGGUGUUUGAUGCUGCUACCUCCAUUAGGGGAGAACUGUACUUCUUUAAAAGCGGAUAUUACUGGAGGAAGGGUUAUUAUUCUGGAAUACAUUUUUUUAAAGUGAGUACAAAAUGGCCUGGGAUCAACGCUGUCGAUGCUGCCUUUGAAGUCCCAUAUAACGAUGCGGUGUAUCUGUUUGAAGGUCGUCAAUACUGGGGCAUACAUGCUUACGCAAAUACAAAAAUGUCUGGCUAUCCAAAGUCUAUCACCACCCUUGGCCUCCCUUCUUCAGUUACAAAGGUUGAUGCAGCUGUUUAUGUGCCAACAACUGGGAAAACACUUAUAUUUGUGAAAAAACGAUAUUGGAGCUAUGAUGACUACAGAAAACAAAUGGAUGCUGGAUAUCCACGGUAUAUCACUCAGGACAUUCCUGGAAUUGGCUCCAGAGUAGAUGCUGCCUUUGAGAAUUAUGGAUAUCUCUAUUUCUCAAAUGGAGCCAGACAGACCGAGUACUACCUGCCACAAAAGAGACUGAUCCGUACUCUACUCAACUACGGCUGGCUUGACUGUUACUAGAGUGGAGAUGCCAAGUCCCUAAGUGUAUCUACAGUUAGCGUGGACGUCAUGAACGAGUCGCUUAAAUAUAAAAACAAGUUUUUUAAUGUCUGAGCCAGUACUCAAAAAUGGAUGUAUGUAGAUGUUUUGCAGUCUCUCUGCUUGACUAUUGACAUGUUCUAUAUAGCAAACAAGGCAGGCAGAGGCAAAGGUGAGUAGAUAAUUUGAUCAAUUCUUACAAUAAUCUUUUACUUAUGGUUUAAGAAAGUACUAAAUUAUAGAUCCUCAUUUCAGUGAUGAGGGUUAGGGUUAGGGUAAUUUUUUUUCAUUUAACAUAAAUAAAUAAAUGUGCAAAUGGAGUUAUGCAAAAGCAAUUUUUGCAGUUUUACUGUCCCUUCUGGCCAUCACAAUGCAGGAUUUCCUUACACAAUAAAAAAAAAGAUGCAGACAAUAAUAA